AUGUUUGGUCGUGGUGGUGGUGGUGGUGGUGGUCGUCGUCGUCGUCGUCUGGUCGUCUGGUCGUCUGGUCGUGACAUCCGUGGAUCAUCCGCCCAUCAUCCAGAUAGAAGAAGUAGCGCGGAUGCCGUCAGUCGGUCGGUCGGUCGCACUACUGCUAGGUACUAUUCAUCACUCCACCCACAGCAAAACACAAACCACAACCACACCACAUCGAAUCCCUCCUCACUCCCGAGGGCAAGACCUCCCUUCCGUGGACGAACAUUUCACAUCAAUAUCAUCUAUACAUACAUCAGCACUCCCACCGUCUCCUCGCCUCACGACGAACAAAGCUCAACCGGAUUGAAGAAAAGCUUUUCGCCGGGAGACGAAACAUUCAAGACCAUCGAUUCCGCGGUAGCCAUCAUGUCUUCCCUCCCGCUCCCAUCACCGUCAGGCCGGUCGCGCUCCGGCUCCAACUCCUCCGCCCCGAGAUACACGCCCGACAGCCAUCAUCACCACCAACGACAACCAUCCCCAUCGGCGUCCUCUCCGCCCAUCCCGAUGCCCGAGCCCGGCGCUCCCUACCAACCGUCCCCACUCUCCGCCGGCGCCCCCGACGGUCGACCCGCCGUGCUCCUCGCCGGCGUCGUCCCGGGCACCACGCUGCCCUACCCGGCCGAACGGGGGCCCUCCUCCACGCGGCACCUCAGCAGCAGCGGCGGCAACGACGACCGCACCCGCCGGGCGAGCCACGCCUCGCAGCGCAGUCAUCGCUCCUCCCACGGCCGACCCCGGAACGACUCGUCCGGCUCCUCCUCGGGCGACGAGAAGCACGUGCACUUCGACCGCCGGACGCUCCAGCGCACCGCGGCCGCCAACAACGCCGGCUCGUCCUCCUCCUGCGCCGUCGACGAUGACGACGACGACGAAGGGAAAUCCUCCCAGAGGCUCCCACCGCGCUCCCAACAACAACAACACCGCCGUCCCUCGUCCUCCUCCCACGCGCGCCACCGCUCCACCUCCUCCCCGAUCCGCAAUUCCUCCUCACACGCCUAUGGCGCCUAUCCCCCCUCGCCCCGCGCACGGGAAGACGAAGGGAGAGGAGGCGACGACGACUACUACCACCCGUCCUCUUCCUCCUCCCCACGGCGCUCGAACGAUCGGUACCGACCGGACCAUCUCACGGGGGAUCCCUCAUCCCCCCACCACCGUCGCCGAUCGGACAACGGCGGCGACCGCGCCCACCACCACCACCAGCACAGCCAUCAUCGUCCUCCGCGACCGGCCGAGAUGGAUCGCCGCCCGACGCUGGGCGACACCGUCAUGUCGUUGGCGCAGGGUCUGAAGGACUACGUCUCGCGUUGA